AUGUCUGUCGACAUCGAGCCUUUCGAGCUGAAUUUUCGGCGCCCCUUUACCGUCGAGGUGUCGCAGACCCUGACAAUCAAGAACCCGACCUCGACACCACUCGCGUUCAAGGUCAAAACCACUGCUCCGAAACAGUACUGCGUGCGACCCAAUGCAGGCCGCAUCGAGCCUGGACAAGACUUUGAUGUCACUGUUCUCCUCCAGGCGAUGAAGGCGGACCCUCCUCUGGACACAAGAUGUCGCGACAAGUUCCUCGUCCAGUCUGCGCCUAUCACACCAGAGAAGGAGUUUGCCAGCAUUGCCGCAGUGCUCGAGUCGACGGAAAAGGGCCAGAUCCAGGAGCGCAAGAUUAGGGUCAACUGGCUGGCACCCCUCGGUAGCCAGGAGCAAGGAGCUAACCAGGCCGUCCUCGCCACUCCCAACAAGCAAUCCAUAGUCAAUGGGGCACACGACACGCCGGAAGCCUCGCGCACGUUCUCGUCUCCCAAGACCGAAGCCCCCGACUCGACGCCGUUGCAUGCUCCCCCGCCGUACCCGUCCGACGAUGUCAAGGACGAAGACGAAAAGUCCGACCGCCCCAAGUCCGCCGUGUCUCAAGCAGCGACCGCCGUUUCCGAGACGGCCCAAGCGACGUACGAGGAGCUCAAGGCCAAGCUGGCCCAGGCGGAGGCCCAGCUUGCGAGCCUCAAGGACAGCGGUCUUCGCCAGCGUUCCGUCAAGACCGUCUCUGGCGAGCAGAAGCUGCCUGAUACCGGUCGGGUGGCGCAGGCGGUUAAGCAGCAGCCCGCGGGCGUGCCCGUCCAGAUGGUGGCCAUUCUCUGCCUGCUGAGCUUCCUGCUCGCCUACUUCUUCUUCUAA